AUGGCUCUCAGCAACUUCGUCGCCGUCUCUGACAGACUGGUGCACUUUGAGAGUCGGGUCAGAGGGCCUGCAGCCGAAGAAGACAAUGUACACACGUACGAGAUCCGUCGUGACCGCCUGCAAGCCCUCUGGGACAGUGUAGAGACCGCUUAUGCCACGUGCGCUGAUGCACUGCAUCGAGACGGCGACAACGAAGGCAUACAGGCCAUGGAGGCGAAAUAUGACCACUGCUAUGCAGUGUAUGAGCGGUGUCUCGCCCAUGUAAAGGGGCAAAUUACACAAGUUUCCGAAUCAACCAGGAGUGAAGCAUCCGCUCCUCCUGUGUACUCCAGUGGCUGCCGGCUCCCUCCAGUCGACAUCGAAGUAUUCCGUGGGGAUUACUUGCGGUGGCCGACCUUCCGUGAUCUUUUCACGGCCAUCUACGUCAACAAUCCGAGGUUGACUCCGGUUGAGAAACUAUUCCAUCUCAAUUCAAAAACCGCAGAUGAGCCCAAUGAGGUCGUAGCCAAAUUUCCGCUGACGAACGAUGGUUUCGCGUCGGCUUGGAGUGCUCUCUGCGAGCGAUUCGAAAAUAAGCGCUUGUUAAUAACGAGCCAGUUAAAAAUUCUCUUCAACCUGUCCACGGUUUCGCAAGAGUCUGGAGCAGCGAUUAAGGAGCUGCAUGGCACAAUUCAGCGGUGCUUGACCGCUCUUGACCACUCAGACAUUUCAGUCUCUAGACCUUUCGCCGACUGCAUCCUGGUCUUUCUUUGCUCAUCCAAGCUCCCCAAACUUACACUCUCACUAUGGGAGCAAUCAUUGGUGGACAAGACCAAGAUUCCCGCAUGGCAAGACAUGAGCACAUUCCUCAACGAGCGUUAUCGUACGCUCGAGGCUGUUGAGGACGUGACGCAAAAAACCUCGCAGAACUCUACCGCUGGACCAUCCCGUCCACAGCAGAGUUCAAAGCGAAUUAACUCUUUCAAGGCCCGAGUCACUCAGAGAGGCAAAUCGUGUGACUUGUGCUCAAAAGAGAAUCACCCUGUCCGGGUUUGUCCAAGCUUCCUUGAAAUGUCGGUCAAUGAUCGGAUGAGCUACAUCAAACAGAAAAGUCUCUGUUUAAACUGUUUCGCAAGAGGUCACCAACUCCGAGAGUGUACGAGUGCGCACAAUUGCUUGACAUGCAAGGGGCGGCACCACACUCUUCUCCAUCGGGGCGACAGUGCCCACAAUGGUGCCUCUUCCUCUUCCACUCCAUCCACACUUCCCAACAUACAGUCCACUCCGAAUCAAUCGGCAACAAAUGUGCAAAAUUACUUUGCCAUUAACGCUCAGAACAUCCUUCUCGGCACGGCGGUUGUCAAUGUAUGCCAUCUAGGUACUACAUACACCGCACGAGCACUAAUCGACUCAGGGUCCGAAGCGACUUUCAUUUCUGAGCGUUUAUUCCAGCGCAUAAAGUUGCCAUUCCAAUCCGUUCAAGCCCAAGUAUCUGGGCUGAAUCAUGCAAUUGCGGCCCGACCGCAGAAGUUAUGCAACUUCAGCAUUGGUUGUCCAACGAAGCCGAGGCUCCAUAUCGAGACCUCAGCGUUCGUUAUUCCACAACUGGCAGACAAGUUGCCAUCAUUCCGUGUGCCGAAAGGCUUCCUAAAGGAUCUACCAGCGAUUGAACUGGCAGAUCCAAACUUCUACAAAAGUGCUCAGAUUGACAUCUUAAUUGGCGCGGAUAUCCUUCCGUCAGUCAUCCUGAGCGGUUCCCGGCCAAACAUUUGUGGCUCACUCCUUGGCCAACAAACCGUGUUUGGUUGGAUUCUCACCGGCCCCGUCUCCCAGAAUGUGUCGACAACUGUCUCUGCGUUUUCGACAAGGGUCGCUAUCCAAGCAGACGAUCAACUCGACAGACUAAACUCCAAAGUUUGGGAGGCGGAGGAUAUUCCGUCGAAGCUGGUUAGCUGCGAAAACACAACUUCACGCAGCAGAUGUGGCAGAUCUCGGGUGACUCUUCCAUUCCGGAAGCCCGUCACCACUCCUAAUUUUUAUCUGCCUCAUCAUUCAUUCAAACCAGAUAGGCACCGACACAAAGACGAAUAA